UACCAUAUGUGACUGUUUUUGGAAGAUUAUGGUUAAUUGAUUAGGGACUUUUGAUGUAGAUAAUUUGGAGUUAUGACAAGGGUAACCCUUGAUUUUGGAGAUACAAUGCAAAGGGAUGCUGUUCCUCCUGUAUCAGCAGAUGUGAUCUUCCCAUCUAGUCGCUUUCCAAAUUACAAAAUUGGACCUAACAAUCAGAUUAUGGAGGUCAAGCAGGAUUCUAAGGCACUUACAAUGAAAGAGGUGGUUGCUAGAGAAACUGCACACUUACUAGAGCAGCAAAAAAGGCUGUCUGUUCGCGAUCUAGCCAGUAAAUUUGAAAAGGGUCUGGCUGCUGCUGCCAAGUUGUCUGAUGAGGCAAAAAUGAAAGAUGCAGCUUCACUGGAGAAGCAUGUGCUGUUAAAGAAGCUCAGAGAUGCUCUUGAAGCGUUGAGAGGACGUGUGGCGGGUAAAAACAAGGAUGACGUGGAGGAAGCUAUUGCUAUGGUUGAAGCUUUAGCAGUACAAUUAAAUCAAAGGGAAGGAGAACUGAUUCAGGAAAAGACUGAAGUGAAAAAGCUUGCAACGUUUCUGAAGCAGGCUUCUGAAGAUGCUAAGAAACUUGUUGAGGAAGAAAGAGCUUAUGCAAGGGCUGAGAUUGAGAAUGCAAGAGCAGCUGUCCAGAGAGUGGAAGAGGCUCUUCAGGAGUAUGAGCAAAUGUCCGGGGCCUCAGGAAAGCAGGACAUGGACGAAUUGAUGAAGGAAGUUCACGAGGCAAGGCGAAUCAAAAUGCUACAUCAGCCUAGUAAGGUCAUGGACAUGGAGCAUGAGCUUCAAGCAUUGCGAGUGCAGCUAGCAGAGAAGUGCAAGUAUUCAAUACAGCUUCAGAAAGAGCUGGCAAGGAAGAUGGGUGAGGAAACUGUAUCACAAUUAUAUGAAUUAGAUGGCACGGAGGCCCUGGGUUCAUUUUUGCAUAUCCAGCCGUGUUCUCUUGCUGCUUCAGAACUAUCAGAAUGUACAAUUCAGUGGUAUCGCUUAGCGUGUGAAGGCGGAAAGCAAGAACCUAUUUCAGGAGCCACAAAACCUGUUUAUGCUCCAGAACCAUUUGAUGUUGGACGAAUUUUGCAAGCUGAGAUCACGUAUGGAGGCCAGACAACAUCAGUGACGACUGCUAGUCCUAUUGAUCCGGCUGCAGGCUUAGGGAACUAUGUUGAAGCUUUGGUGCGUAGGCAUGACAUUGAAUUCAAUGUGGUUGUUGUCCAGAUGAACGGAACAGAUCAUACAUCAGAGACUAUCCAUGUCCUUCACAUUGGAAGGAUGAGAAUGAAACUAUGUAAAGGGAAGAGCAGUGUAGCAAAAGAAUACUAUUCUACUUCAAUGCAGUUAUGUGGCGUCAGAGGUGGUGGGAAUGCUGCAGCUCAGGCAGCAUUUUGGCAAGUAAAGACUGGACUCUCCUUUGUAUUGGCGUUUGAAACGGAGAGAGAAAGAAAUGCAGCCAUUAUGCUGGCCAGAAGAUUUGCCUACGACUGCAAUAUUAUGCUAUCUGGACCGGAUGAUAGAGCCGCUCCUGGAUCUUAAGAAAGCUACUAUAAUGAAAAGUUGUAAUUAUACCGACUCUGAUGUAUCUAUAGGUGUUUUGUAGUAGUGAAUAUGCUAUAGGGUUGAUUGUUGAGUGGCAUUUUUUCACCACCUUCUUGUCUUCUCUUUAUUUCUAUCUUGAUAGCAAAGGCAUUGUUUUUUUGUGUCCCUAGCUCUAUUUGAUUGUAAUGAUUCUUUGCUCCUUGUUUCUUUGUUUUGUCAAGUGAUUGUAAUUGAGCUCAACAUACAUUUGAUUUUUGAAUGGCUUGUAGUGAUUAUUGGCUUA